GCGAAGGCCUUUGGCCGCAUGCUCGACGUCCUGUGCAACCUCAUCUUCCUCCCCGUCCUCCGCAACUUCGUGUCCUGGCUCCGCACCACUCCGGUCGCGCCCAUGCUGCCGCUCGACGACACGCGAUGGUUCCACAAGGUUGUUGGCCUGCUGAUGGCCAUCGCAGCCCUCGGCCACAUCGCCUGCCACUAUCACCGCUUCGCGUGGCACCGCGCCUUCGGCUCCGGCGAGCCGAUCGCCAGGCAGGCGGUCGGCACGUGGACCGGCAUCAGCGGCCACCUCAUCGCGCUCUGCAUGAUCGCCAUGAUGUUUACCGGCCUCGAGCGCUUCCGCCGCCGCAAGUGGGGCAAGGACUGGGGCGGACACUCCAUCUUUGUCAAGGUGCACAAGCUCUGGGUGCCCGUGCUCGUGCUCCUCUGGACCCACAGCAAGGCCUUCUGGGCGUACUCGCUCUUCCCGGUGGGACUGAUCCUCGUCGACAAGCUCAUCGGCCGCCUGCGCGGCAAGGAGCCGGUCGAGCUGCUGCGCGCGGUCUCGCCGACCAAGGACGUGCUGCACCUGACGAUGCGCCUCGCGAGCGGGCGCCGCUUCAAGUUCCAGGCGGGCCAGUACAUCUUCCUGCAGGCGCCGGGCAUCUCCGCGGAGUGGCACCCAUUCACGCUCUCCUCCUCUCCGGAGGAGCGGACCUUCUCCCUCCACAUCCGGUGCCGGUCCGACAUGGACUGGACCUACGCGCUGCGGCAGAUGCUGCUCCCGGAGGAGGGCGGGCGAGCAAAGACUUUCUCCCGGCCGGGGACGCUGGUGUCGGCGACCAGCCAGUUCGCCAACGACGACCCGGGCAAGAGCCAGGCCAUCUCGAUCCCGCACACGCUCUUUGUGGACGGCCCGUACGGUAGUGCGAGCGAGGAGGUCUUCCACUUCGAGGUGAUGGUGCUCGUGGCGGCCGGGAUCGGCGUCACCCCCUUCGCCAGCAUCCUCAAGACGCUGGCCAAGCAGGCCCGGGAGGAUCGCCUCGAGUCGCCGCUCAAAAAGGUCGUCUUCUACUGGAUCUGCCGCGACGAUCGCGAGUUCCUCUCCUUCAAAGACGUGCUCGUCGACAUCCUCGAGGACACGAGCCUCGCGGGCAUCUUUGAGCUGAAUACGUACAUUACGGGCGAGGUCAACCUCAAGUCAGUCUCGGCGGACGAGAAGUACAACCAGUAUGCGGGCCGGCCAAACUGGAACCGCAUCGGCCAAAGCAUCGGCGACAGCUUCCCGACCAGCGACGUCGGCGUCUUCCUCUGCGGGCCAAACGCCAUCGGGAAGCAGCUGGCGGCGAUGACCAGCAAGAUGAACAAGUCGGACACCACCCGGCGCUUUGUGCUCCACAAGGAGUCCUUCUGAGCGGCGCGCCACUGGCGCGCGCCGCGGUCGACCACAACUGCGCCCCCUACAGUGAGAGAUGCCUCAGUACCACACCUUCGUAGUUCGUUGCAUGCAUGUAGUGUUCAAUACAAUAUAGCGCGUGCCUCGGACUCGGCGUGUCGUGUCCGGGGGGGGGGGUUAGGAGAGAGGGUGAGUGCAUCCUCUCGGUUUUCCGUUGGGGCUCCAUAUUUUCUUCACUUGAUCUCGUUUAAUAUA